AUGGUUGGGUAUUUACGGUCGCAAUUUGAGAGGACGCACUUGCUUUCUCUCAUAAACGAGUGGACGCACUCACUUCCCCCCACGGUUAGGCACAACCGGAAAUCCAUAGCCUUUUACGCUGUUGUGAAACCAUCGCCCAGCGCUAACGUCUCCAAUAAUCAGUCUGGUCUUGACCCGUGGACGCAGGCUGUAAGGGAGACUGUUCAGAGUAUGGAAACCCCAUCGUCCACCCACCGCGCAAUUAAUGAUCUACAUGUCCAGUUUAUGGAUAACCUGAGGAUGCUGGAUGAAACUAAGAAUAGGCUUAGCCAGCUGGACGAAGAGUGCAGUAAAAAAGACGAGCUGACAAAGAUGCAGGAGAUUACCAUCACGACUUUGACCAAUAUGGAGGUUAACAUUGAGCAAAUAAUGGCGGAGGUAAAGAAAUCAAGAGACGAGUUGGCCCAAGAUAAAUCAAAGAUGGAGAAGAGAGCCACUCUGGAGUUGGCAGAGAAAAAGCACAAACUAGACUCCUCCCUAGGCUUUUUUUACCAGCCAGAUCAGUAG